AAGAUGGAUGAUGAAGAGGAAACUUACCGACUGUGGAAGAUUCGUAAAACAAUAAUGCAGCUCUGCCACGAUCGAGGCUAUCUGGUAACACAAGAUGAGUUGGAUCAGACCCUGGACGAGUUCAAGAGUCAGUUCGGAGACAAACCCAGCGAGGGUCGUCCCAGACGGACGGACCUUACAGUCUUGGUCGCUCACAACGAUGAUCCCACUGAUCAAAUGUUUGUUUUCUUUCCUGAGGAACCCAAGGUCGGGAUCAAGACAAUUAAGAUGUACUGUCAAAGGAUGCAGGAGGAGAACAUUACUCGAGCUAUCAUUGUGGUUCAGAUGGGCAUGACGCCUUCAGCAAAACAGUCUCUUGUGGACAUGGCGCCAAAGUACAUUCUGGAACAGUUUCUGCAGCAGGAACUGCUAAUAAACAUUACAGAGCACGAGCUCGUCCCAGAACACAUCGUCAUGACGAAAGAAGAAGUGACAGAACUUCUCGCCAGAUAUAAAUUGAAGGAAAGCCAGCUGCCCAGGAUUCAGGCCGGGGACCCUGUAGCUCGCUACUUUGGCCUUAAGAGAGGACAGGUCGUGAAGAUCAUCAGACCCAGUGAGACAGCUGGAAGAUACAUCACAUACCGACUGGUUCAGUGACAGACGACCCUCUUGGAUCAACAUGUCACACCAGUGGGGACAAAACAGUUCAUCACACACCUGUGAAUCUUCUUUUUUUGAUGACCAAUUUUGUAAAUUAAACAAGUGUUUUUGUUGAAAAAUGCAAAAGAAAUAAAACAUUUUACAGAAA